GCUUCAUCGAGCAAGUUCUUCCUCGGCCAUCAAAACAAACACGCACUGUCGCUAAUGUCAGUGACAGAAACACCCGUUUUAUGUUACAUAUCAUCCUGCUGAGUCAUCAUGCCACUGAAAUCAUGUUGUAUAUACAGCACCGGAGUUUUUUCUAUACUCUUUUUGAUCCUGGGCAUUUCUUUGGUGUUGUCCAACGUGUUUCCUCACUUUCUACAGUCGGUGGUUGAAAAGGAAAUAGUUUUGAAGAAUGGCUCAGAGGCAUUUAAGGCCUGGGAGAAUCCACCAGCCCCUAUUUACAUGCAGUUUUACUUCUUUAAUGUGACCAAUCCAUUGGAGGUGUUAGAUGGGGAAAGGCCUGCUGUGGUGGAGAUCGGACCAUAUACAUACAGGGAGUACCGGCCCAUGGAUCAGGUGAACUUCAACAGUAAUGGCACUAAAGUUGGAGCUGUCAACCCAAAGACGUACAUAUUUGAACGAGACAUGUCUCGAGGUCCAGAGAGUGACCUCAUCAGGACGGUCAACAUCCCUGCAGUGUCGGUGAUGGACAAAUUCAAAGACGAUUCUAUCGUCGGCAAUCUGAUCGCCUCCUACAUGAGGAGCACUGAAACAGGCCUGUUCACCACCCGCACAGUGAGAGAGCUGCUGUGGGGAUAUGAAGACAAUUUGCUCAAAGCCCUCAGAAAUUUCGAACCCGAUCUGGAUGAUGUUUUUGGACUUUUUUAUAAGACCAACGCUACCAACGACGGCGACUACAUGUUCUUCACAGGCCAGGGAAACUACAAAGACUUUGCGAGAGUGGAUACAUGGAAGGGUGACAGCAUGCUGAACUGGUGGACCUCUGAUGAGUGCAAUAUGAUCAACGGAACCAAUGGAGCAUCUUUCCAUCCGGUCAUCACAAAGGAUGAGAUGCUCUACACAUUCUCCUCCGACCUCUGCAGGUCGAUCUACGCUGUGUACGAGGAAGACGUGUCAGUGAAAGGAAUCCCAGGGUUUCGCUUCAGUCCUCCCAGCGAGGUGUUUGCAAAUUAUACUGUGAACCCAGCCAACGCAGGUUUCUGUGUCCCUGCUGGGAACUGCAUGGCUUCUGGGGUGCUGAAUGUCAGCGUAUGCAAACAAGGAGCUCCCAUCAUAAUGUCAGCACCACACUUCUACCAGGGAGAUGAGAAGUUUGUUGAGGAUGUUUUUGGCAUGAAGCCCAGGAAGGAGCUGCACGAGACUAUAAUUGAUAUCAACCCGCUCACAGGAGUGAUCAUACAAGCAGCAAAGCGGCUCCAGAUCAACGUGUAUGUCCAGAAGUUUUCCACCUUCAGUCAAACAGGAAACGUGAGGACAGUGGUGUUUCCAGUGCUUUAUCUUAAUGAGAGCGUCGUCAUUGACGACACGUCAGCUUUGCAGCUGAAGUCUGUCAUUAUUGAACAGAACGUUGUGGACAGCAUUCCCUUCAUGCUUAUUGGUGUAGGCAUUAUUAUGGGCGUGGCCUUCAUGUUCCUGAUGUGUCGGCAGAAAAUCCCUGAGAGCACUGAAGCUGAGCGGCAGCCCCUUCUGACAUCGUAGCACCACAGACAGUGAGAGGAAGAGGUUAACCCUGUUUGCAUUACCAUUCAUCAUUUCAAGCUUUCAGUGAAUCCACUAUUUUUACUCAAACCAAGUAACAGCCACCACUAUACGCUUUUAAUACCACAGUUUAUUUUGUAUCUAAUGGUUUUAUGAAACAGAGUGAAGGAACCGUGUCCUCGUAUUGUGUUGUUUGUGUCGGUGCUGAAUUAGUCGUGUCCUUUUGUGCUAUUUGUUUUUAUGCUAAAGCCCUAUUUUUCUAAUCAAAUCCUUACAUUGAAUUUUUCCUACUUCUUUUAUUGUAAACCCAAGUCAGACAUGUAUGAAAUGGGGGAUUUUUAAACACAAACAUUUAAUUUGAAUGCUCUUGAGAAUCAGCUCUGAACCCAACACACCUCAGAGAGUUUAACUCAAAAAUAGUCAUUGUUAUUUAAACAAAGCCCAUUUUUGAUAUGGCUGCUUUACACAGUAUAUGUUUAUGUGUUUUGUGUGUUUGUGUCCGAGCGUGUGUCCAUGGAGUAAAUUAAAUAAUGAAGUUAACCCGUCCUCAGUAUUUGUUCGUUUAAGGAGGGGGACCACCAGAGCACUGCAUUGUUUGUUGAGAUUGUCAAACAGUUUUUCACAACAAUAAUCAAGUAAAGAAGGAUAUCCUUCAUUAUUAAUAAUUUGAUACCAUCAACAUUUUACUUAUUUGUGUACUUUUGAAAACAUAAGCAGAAAAAACAACAUGAAAUUCACGCUGUGCAAAACCACAGCUGACAUUUAGUUUUAUUUUGAAUGGUUAGAAGAUGAUGCCUGUUGCCUAAAAUGAGCUGUUUUCGGGGAAAAGGGUAACUCACUGACAGGAACUCUGUUCUGUGAAAAACUGGGUAAGCUUUAUUUGAAAAGUAUGUACUCUUUUUUAUGUUCAGUGAAAAUCUUUUAAUUCACAAUACCUUUACAAAAACUACAACGUGGAAUGCCAUCCAUAGAGUAUUACUUCAACCAAAGCAGUAUAAAGGAAGGAUUUUUGUCUUUUGUCAUGGUGGUGAAGAGCAUAUUGUCUUUUCCCCAGUUCCAAAAUGUGUCCAUGAGUGUGAAUUUAAAUUUCUACUGAUCCUCUGCUGGAUCAGUGUAUCGAGAGCUUCAUGCUCACUAACUACUGAUAAAUACAUUCUGUUUUUCCUGUAAACCACUAAGGUUUGUCCAUAUUAGAUGGAUACAUUAUGCAAGUCUAAACCAUUUUAUCAAAUGCCAAUAUCAUUGACAUUUUGGCAAAACAACAAAACAAAACCUCUGUUUGGUGCAAAAAAGCUUCAGUGUGUAACGUUUUAGCAAGUUGUAGAAGCAGUUUCACACAGUACUGACAGUUUUUCAUGUAAUCAUUUCGUUUUGGUCAUGUUUUAUAGAUAAAAGAGAAUUUUGUUUACACUAGCACUCCUACAUGGUAAAAUCAAUAUACACUAUAAUCACUGUUUUCAUAUUCAAGACAGGUCAUAAAUGGUAUUUUGCACAUUGUAUUGUAAUUUGCUUCAUCUCAAAUAAACCUGCUUCACUUUCUCUAAA